GACGACGACGACCCAACCUCGACAAUCGACAACCGCCGCCGCCACAAUGGGUAUCGACUUGGACAGACACCACGUGCGGAGCACUCACCGCAAGGCUCCCAAGAGCGACAACGUUUACGUUAAGCUCCUGGUGAAGCUGUACCGUUUCCUUGCCCGCCGCACGGAUUCGAACUUCAACAAGGUCGUCCUCCGUCGCCUGUUCAUGUCCCGCAUCAACCGCCCGCCCAUGUCCAUCUCCCGCAUUGUUGCGACGGCGGCCAACCCCCACGCGGCCAAGACCAACGAGGGCAAGACCAUUGUCAUCGUUGGCACCGUCACCGACGACAACCGUCUCCUGACGGUCCCCAAGCUCUCCGUCGCUGCUCUGCGCUUCACCUCCACCGCCAGGGCCAGGAUCACGGCUGCUGGCGGCGAGUGCCUGACUCUCGACGAGCUGGCCAUGCGCUCCCCCACCGGUGCCAACACCCUCCUCCUCCGUGGCCCCAAGAACGCCCGCGAGGCUGUCAAGCACUUCGGCUUCGGUCCCCACUCCGGCAAGAAGCCUUACGUCGAGAGCAAGGGCAGGAAGUUCGAGCGUGCCCGUGGUCGCAGAAGGUCGAGGGGUUUCAAGGUCUAAGCUGUUUAAUCGGCAGCUGGUGGUGGACGACGGACAAGGAUUCUCGGGGCUCUCUCACAAUGGCGAUCGAAUGCAUGGUUGGGCUCCUAUGGCGAAAUAUGCUUCCGCAGUGUUUAUGCAUUCGGCUAAGGGAAUAAAAAAUGAAAUCCAUGCGGCUCGCCAUAGAGAUGUAUCACAACGAAGAAUAUCAUCACGACGGCAUGCACGACUCCCCGGACCCGCUGUCACGGACACCAGGCUGAUCGCAAUCUCCCGCUGGGAUGCUUGCGGACUGGCGACAACACCAGCCCUACGACAGACUGAAGCCACUGUCUAUUUGCUUGGCGUAGAAUGGUGCAAUACAAAAGCUUUCUUUGUCUUCAUAUCCGUCUACUUCAUUAUGAAACAACUCUUUAGCACCACCAGUAUUGACUUUAUAGUACGUCAUUCUCGGCGAGCAAGUCGACCACAAAUAAUACCUGCUAAGAGCAGCUCCUGCGGCG